AUUGAGAGCGAGAGAGGAGCUUCUUCACCGGCCAUGGCAUCCACAGGUCUUCAGCUGCUGGGCUUGGUGUUGGCUGUGCUGGGUUGGGUGGGCGGAGCGUUGGUGUGUGCGGCUCCUCUGUGGCGUGUGUCCGCCUUCGUGGGUGGAGAGCUGGUGAUCGCCCAGGUGUUGUGGGAGGGACUGUGGAUGAACUGCCUGUCUCAGACCACAGGCCAGAUCCAGUGCAAGACCUACGACUCCACCCUGGCCCUGCCCACGUCUACCCAGGCCGCCCGGAGCGUCACUGUUCUCGCCCUGCUCCUCUGCCUCCUGGCUCUCAUGCUCGGGGUGGCAGGGGCCAAGUGUACUCACUGCAUGGGGGACAGUAACCAGGCCCCCAAGGCUCGGCUGGCCAGGAUAGCAGGGCUGCUCUUCCUCGUGGCUGGCUUGGCCUUCCUGAUACCCAUCUGUUGGACUGCCCAUGCGAUCAUCAGGGACUUCUAUGAUCCGACUGUCGCAGCGCCUUUAAAGAGAGAGCUGGGGCCGGCGCUCUACUUGGGCUGGGGGGCCAGCGUGCUGCUCCUGGUGGGGGGCUCUCUGCUCCACCUGGGCUCCUCUCCACCAGGAGCAAGAGCACUGCCUGUUUUCGGCAGAGCAGCGAAGGACAACCCACUGACAGGGGAGGCGAAGCAACAGGACAAAUCUUUUGUAUGAGAUGAUUUUAAUGGACAUGUGAGGUCAAACUUCAAGGUCACCAUCUAUUAGAGAACAUCAGCCGAUAUUGUGUUUACUAUCUUAUAAAGCAGGGUUUCCUUUUGUUUAUUUAAAUCAUAAUGUGGACUUAUUUUACAUUUAUUACAUGAUGAGCUACUAAUGGGUUUCUAAUAGAAUUUACAUAAUGUAUUAGCUUUCUGCCAGAGUGGGAUUUGACAUGAAUUGUGGGAGGUUUCAAAUGUUUAAAAGUUGACUCAUGUGUGUGACUUACAUUUCUUAAAUUCCAGUCUGCCUCUGCUUGUGUGUGUAUGUGUGUGAGUGGGCGGUCUGUGUACAGAAGGCCAGUGUACAUGGCAUAUCUGUGUAUGCUGCUGUGUUCACUGACUAUGUGUGUAGGCAGUCAGAGCGAUGCUUGUUUAUUUACUUUGUAUGAAUGUUGAUUGUUGAUGAAGGAAUAUUAGGGACAUUCAGCAAAUUUACCCUCCACAUUUUAU